CUAGCGAAUCCCAGCUGUUGUAUGUUUUGUUUUUGGACUUAAAACUUCUUUUUUUUUUUUUUUUUGGUGGUUGUGACGUUGGUCCAGUACUGGCACCUCAGAUGCACGGGCUGAGUCAAUUGGAUGACCUCAUAUUUGCGUAAGAGUGCUCACAAAUUUAGUGAACUGAUUUAUAUAUUCAACAUUUUUGCUUCUAUUUUAAUGUACUCUUUGCGUGUUGAAGCUUUCAUCUGUUUUCCAUAUAAUAUCGAAAACCAAGUGGAGAUUGCCCCAAAACAUAAGUGGAGUUUUGUCUUGAUUUUUUGUUUAAAAAGAAGCGUUCUAUCAUGCAUGUCGCUUACGAAAAGUGUCCAGAGAUGAUCUUUGAAGAUAGAGGAGAUCACACAAGAGC